AUGGCAUGGGAUCACUUGUCUAUAAACAAACCGCAUUUGGUGUACAUCAUUCUUGGCGGAUUCACCAGCAUAUUUAUGCUUUGCUCGUUGUUCAUCAAGGAAAAGUUGUAUAUUGGCGAGGCCUCGGUUGCGACCUUGUGCGGUGUUAUCUUUGGUCCACAUGCCGCCAAUCUCAUCAAUCCCUUGACCUGGGGAAACACCGACCAGAUCACUCUCGAGUUCUCCCGCAUAGUACUCGUCGUUCAAUGUUUUGCCGUCGGUGUCGAACUGCCAAAGGCAUAUAUGGAGAGACACUGGAAAUCCGUCGUGUUCCUGCUCGUGCCGGUCAUGACCUUUGGCUGGCUCGUCACCAGUCUUUUUAUCUGGUGGAUGAUUGUCCCUCUCACAUGGCUAGAGUCUCUGGUGGUCGCGGCCUGCGUCACAGCCACGGAUCCGGUCCUGGCCUCGUCCGUCGUGGGAAAGGGCAAAUUUGCCAAACGGGUUCCAAAACAUCUUCGAGACCUUUUGUCUGCCGAAUCGGGCUGCAACGACGGAAUGGCAUUCCCCUUCAUCUACCUUUCUCUCUAUCUGUUGAGAUAUAACCUGGGUGCUCGAGAUGUGGUCUUUCACUGGGUAGUAAUCUCGAUCCUCUACGAAUGUAUCUUCGGCGCCUUCUAUGGAGUUAUGGUGGGCUACAUUGGCCGUCAUGCCAUCAAAUUUGCCGAGCGACGUGGCUUGAUCGACCGAGAGAGCUUCCUCGUGUUUUAUUUCGUGCUGGCACUAUUCUGCGCUGGGUCGGGUAGCAUGCUAGGCAUGGACGAUCUCCUGAUCGGGUUUGCUGCUGGGGUUGGCUUUUCCAACGAUGGUUGGUUCACCGAAAAGACCGAGGAGUCGCACGUUUCCAACGUGAUUGACCUACUCAUCAACUUGGCCUAUUUUGUCUACUUUGGUACCAUCGUACCCUGGGAGCAAUACAACUCACCCGAGCACGGCUUGGUCCCCUGGAGACUUGUCAUCAUCUCCCUUUUUGUCAUCUUCUUCCGUCGCAUUCCCGCCAUGCUGGCGUUGAAGCCAUUUAUUCCGGAUGUCAAAACGUGGCGAGAAGCGCUGUUUGCCGGCCAUUUCGGCCCCAUUGGGGUUGGUGCCAUCUUUGUGGCCAUUCUAGCUCGAGCAGAACUCGAGACUGAUUCCACCGAGCCUCUAGCCAAACUUCCGGCACCCGGUUCAAAAGAUUACAACCUGAUCUACCUGGUAUGGCCAGUAGUGACAUUCUUGGUCGUCUCAUCCAUCCUGGUACAUGGAUCGUCAAUUGCAGUUUUCACGCUGGGUAAACGCAUCAACACCCUAACGAUCACUCUUUCUUACACCCAGGACAACGAGAAGGGUCCCGCUUGGAUGAACCGCCUACCACGGAUCUCGUCUCAGUCCAGAUCAAUGGCACGUAUGGACAGCUCAGAGUUAGAGGCGGACGACAAGCUAGACAUUCCUCCUGGCGAACUCCCUCCCGUGGGCAUCCCCAAGCUUCGCCUUCGCCGACAACGCGAGGAUGAGUACGAAAAGAGACCGGGAUCCAGGUCGUCAAGCCUUGGACGACCCAAAAGGCGGAAACGACAAAGUAGGGAGCUUCAGGACCGUCCAGGUGGGCCAAUCAGUCAGAGUGCUAUUGCACCGGCGAGACUUUCGGAACAUGGUGUUUCUCACCCGGGGUCUACCUCAGACACGUUGUUCGAGAAGUCCGGAGAGCCAUCGCCAGAGAGUCCACAAGACCAGCUCGUGACCGGAUCUCCAACUUCUUCCCCUGAACGUUAUCAGCUCGAAGCGGAACAUGAGGCGGAAGCCGUGGAAUCUAUGGGGCGACAGAAACGAGAAAGAGAGCCGUCAUCUGAGACACCUGCUGAAGUUGAAGUGUACGACGAAGGGGAAGACAUUGUCGUUGAAGAUGAAGAAGGCAAUGUUGUAGAUACCAUCGACGCGACUAACAUGACGCCGGCUGAAAAGGCCGAUGCUAUCGAGAAGGCCCGCAAUCGGUUGGCUAGAGACGAAUCAGGCCAGUUCACCAAACAUAAACAUGAAUCCCAUGCAUUGAAUGAGGGUGAAGAGUUGGAACAUCACCUAGAAGAAGCUCUGGGACAACCCCAGAAGAGCAUUCGACAAAAAUUCGAUCAGUGGAAAGGGUUUGGCCGGCGUAAAGACGAAAAAGACGAUCGCGUCAUAGCUGGCCCAUCAAAGAGGGCGGAGCCAAAGAGAGGGCCCGCACAUGCCUAUCAGUUCGGUAACUCCAUCAUUGUCGAGGACGAGGACGGCGAAGUCAUCAAAACCUACACAAUACCUAGUGACGCCAAUACUGGGGACAAGAACCGAGAGCAGCAGUUGCGAGAAGGUUUGCGGCGCAUGAGCACAUGGGUGGGCCUGGGUCGACAGGCUGAUGGCGGUGGAACGAGCAACCCGGAGGCUGCCCUCGAAGAGAUGAAAGAAGGCAGUGGACAGCCGGGGGAGAGGAAGUCUAGUCUCAAACGACGAGGCUCCCAAGGCUCCCAAGCGUCACUAGACGAUGGCCUAAGGAUGAUCAUCUCAAGUUCCAAUCAAUAUGGAUUGACUGGACUCCAGAAAAAGGCUCGUGAUGCUCCUGGCGCCAUCGCCCUGGGAUCUGGAAGGCGGCUGUCGACAAAAGACUUUAUCAAACAAAUGCAGCAACUUGAUGCCAAGGGUAAGAUCCAAGAGGUAGACGAAAGCGAUGCUCCCGAAGCCGUCAGACGCGAGUUGCAUCAGGCAGUCAAGAUCAAAAAGGAGAUGGAGCGAGAUGGGUCUACAACUUCCGACGAGAGACCUGGGCGCCCCCGGGCGGAGACAAAGACAGGUGCCAGCUCAAACGACGCACGUCUUGACACUGGCCGGAAAAUACAGAAAGAGGAUCCGGACGACGAUGAGGACUAUUUCAGCCCGUCGCGCCGGACCCUACCUGAACGAAGAACCACUGCAGAACAGAGCCAGAACAGUGAGGUCGAGAGCGAAGAUGAUGAGGAUGAUGAUGAUGGAGAUGAUGAAGAUAGGUCCGAGGUCCCCACCCACGACGUGGCGUCCAUUGUAGCUAGGCAUAGUCAAGGCCAGACUGCGGCCGACUUCCGGAGACGGCAACUCGCCAGGAUCCGAUCAGCGGAGGAGGAAGAAGAUACGACGGAAGGCGAGACCGCUGCGGAGAAACGACGGCGAUUAGCUGCUCUGGGCUUGGGUGAUGGUGGCGAAGAGUCGAGCAGCGAUAGUGACGAAGGCGAGGAACAGCCUCGCCGAGCCGCCGAGGAUGCUGUACCGGAACCCAGUCAGGGAGGCCCUUCGACGCAACAGCGGACUCGGAUACAAUGGGGCGGGGAAAGUGGAAGAGAAAAGGAUCCCUAUGACAUCUAUGCUGGCGAUCCAAUCGUUGGAGCGGCACGGAAACUCAAAAGGAUGAUGAAGAAGCGUCACGAAACUGGAUGA